UUUAGGGCAGGAAGGAGGAGAGAUAUGGCGAUGGCAGCGACCGCGAUGGCGCCCGUGGGAGGCGGCUCUCCCAGGUGUGUCAGUACUUCGUGCAAUCGCUCGCGACAUCGCAUUCCUCUCGCGGCGGCAUCGGCCAGGGAUUUCGGGCGCGGCAACAAGAGAUUUGGAAGAGUAGCCAUCGCCAUGGCAUCAUCGGAGGAGGAGCGCGUUCCGGCGACGAAUUCGGCGCCCUCGGAGGUUGCUGUUUUGCCGCAGAAGGAGGAGGGGGAUUCCACAGCUCAAUCGUCGGGCAAGAAGAAGCCAUCGCCCCUGGAGAAAGGGGGUACGCUGCGGGGAGAAGCGGCCGAAGGGAAGGAUCCCAGCCCCGCUGCCUUGGGAAAGAAGAGCUCCGCGGUCUCCGGAGAAAAGUUUGAGGAUCCAAGGUGGAAGAAUGGCAACUGGGACAUGACCAAGUUUGUUAAGAACGGCAAGAUGGAUUGGGAUGCUGUGAUUGACGCUGAGGUGUUGAGAAGAAAGUGGCUAGAAGAGAAUCCCGAGGCCUCGAGCAACGACGAUCCUGUGCUGUUUGACACGGCUACCGUCCCGUGGUGGGCGUGGGUCCGACGCUUCCACUUGCCAGAGGCGGAGCUCUUGAAUGGCCGAGCAGCGAUGGUGGGAUUCUUCGCAGCGUACUUGAUAGACAGCUUGACUGGGGUGGGCCUGGUGGACCAAACGAACAGCUUCUUUGGCAAGCUACUGCUCCUCAUCACCGUGGUUGGAAUCCUGCUGGUCAGGAAGAACGAGGACUUGGAAACUAUCAAAACGCUGGUCAAGGAGUCGACAUUCUACGACAAGCAAUGGCAAGCGACCUGGAAAGAUAGCGAAGAGCAGCAGAAGAAAUGAAAAAACCGAUGUUGUAUAGCUCGUUAAAUUGAAGUUUCCCAGUCCUGUUUUGUCUUGAAA